GAAGUGAAGCUAACUUUCUGCGGAAGUCCAUGAAAGAAAACAAAUCCUUCUAUCUGUGUAAAUAGGGAGACUGUUCCCGAUUUAAAACCGGUGAAGACCUCUCAAACGAUGGAGUUCCUGUUUGGGAAGAGGAAGACCCCAGAGGAGAUGCUGAGGCAGAACCAGAGGGCACUGAAUCGGGCCAUGAGAGAUCUGGACAGAGAGCGACAAAGACUGGAGCAGCAGGAGAAGAAAAUAAUAGCUGACAUUAAGAAAAUGGCCAAACAAGGACAAAUGGAUGCUGUCAAGAUCAUGGCGAAGGACUUGGUUCGCACAAGGCACUAUGUGAAGAAAUUUAUUAUGAUGAGGGCAAAUAUCCAGGCAGUCAGUUUGAAAAUCCAGACUCUGAAGUCAAACAACAGCAUGGCACAGGCGAUGAAAGGAGUUACCAAAGCCAUGGCUACCAUGAACAGACAGAUGAAGUUGCCACAGAUUCAGAAGAUCAUGAUGGAGUUUGAACGACAGAGUGAGAUCAUGGACAUGAAAGAGGAGAUGAUGAAUGAUGCCAUAGAUGAUGCCAUGGGUGAUGAGGAUGAUGAAGAAGAGAGUGAUGCCAUUGUGUCCCAAGUGUUGGACGAGCUGGGUCUCAAUCUCUCUGACGAACUCUCAAAUCUGCCAUCCACGGGAGGUAGCCUCUCAGUGGCAGGUGGGAAGAAAGCUGAACCCCAGCCAGCCCUGGCAGAUGCAGAUGCUGACCUGGAGGAGAGACUGAAUAACCUCAGGAGAGACUGAGCGUGGAGGAACUGACACACAACAGCACUUUGGCUGCCUGCCGUUAAUACAGAUACAUGUACUCAGCAACUCAGAUCUCUGUAUCUAUACUGAACUAAAAUAUAAACGCAACGUGUAAAGUGUUGGUCCCAUGUUUCAUAAGCUGAAAUAAAAGAUCCCAGA